CAGGUUAUAGGAGACUGGAGAAGCAAAACCUUGGAACCGCGUUAGAUUGUUUUGUCAAUUAAAAAUGGCAGGCUUGGCCUACAAUUGCGUCUUGCCGUCCCCUGAAAUGCGACAAUGGAAUGAGAUUAUCAAGAAACACGUGCUCAAUGGUGAUGCAGUUCAAGCUAUGGUAACGUAUGUCAAUGUGCAAGAAAUUGGCUUUCAUGCUGAUAACUUCACUUUCCCUAUUUUACUCAAAGCAGCCGGGAGUUGGUCUAGUCCUUGUAUUGGGCUAGCCCUCCAUGGCCAGACAAUAAAAGCAGGUUUCUCCAGCCAUGUUUUUGUCCAAACUGCUCUGCUGAACAUGUACAGGUCUCAUAGUUGCGUUGCUGAUGCUUGUAAAGUGUUUGAGAAGAUGCCUGUCAAAGAUGUGGUUGCUUGGAAUUCCAUUUUAGAUGCCUAUGCUUCUACUGAUCAGAUGGAUGAUGCACUCAAAGUGUUCAAUUCCAUGCCUUUAAAGGACCUCUCAUCUUUCAAUAUCAUGAUUUCUGGGUACUCAAGCAUUGGAAAGACACUGUCUGCGAGAAGUAUCUUUGAUAACAUGGCAGAGAAAGAUAUUGUCUCUUGGAACUCAAUGAUAUCAGCAUAUAUCCAAGGUGAGGAUAUGGAAAGAGCUUGUGAUUUGUUUAGGGAAAUGCCAGCGAAGAACAUCAUCACAUGGAAUACAAUGGUAAAAGGGUUUCUACAAAAUCAACUUUAUGGUGAGGUUCUUGAUUUGUUUGACGAAAUGAAGACUACAAAUUGCUUGCCUGAUUAUCUUACAGUGACUGGUGUUUUAUCUGCAUGUGCCCAUUCGGGAUCGCUGAAAAAAGGAACCGAAGUACACAUAUAUGCCAUUGAUAACGGACUUGCAUCAAGUCCCCAUGUAACAACAGCUUUGAUCGAUAUGUAUGCCAAAUGUGGAAGCAUACAGCAAGGUUUACAGGUUUUCUACAAGUCGCAAGUUAAGGAUAUUUACUGUUGGAAUGCAUUGAUUUCCGGGCUUGCACUUCACGGCCAUGGCUAUGCUGCUCUCAAUAUAUUCAACAAGAUGAGAAAGAACCAUACAAGGCCUGACGAUAUUACCUUCAUAGGCUUGCUUAGUGCUUGUAGCCAUUCAGGUUUAGUGCAAGAAGGUAGCCAAUUGUUUUAUAGCAUGCAAAAGGAAUUCGGAAUAUCUCCCAAAAUAGAGCAUUACGGAUGCAUGGUUGAUCUUCUUAGUAGAGCAAGGCAUCUUGAUUGCGCAUUACAACUAAUCAAAACUAUGCCAUUCAAGCCAGGAGAAGCCAUCUUGGGUGCUUUGCUUAGUGCCUGUAUAGUUCAUCAGGAUCUUGAGGUUGGUGAGAGAGUUGUAAAGCUUGUUUCUUCUAGGGGUAACUACCUUAGCGAUGGAGAGCUCAUGAUGUUCUCUAACUUGUAUGCAUCAUGUGGUCAAUGGGAAGAAGCGAACAAAUGGAGAGAGAUGAUGAAUGACACAGGCAUUGUUAAAACUGCUGGAUUCAGUGUGGUUGAAGUUAAUGGAAAGUUUCACAAGUUCCUGGCUGGGUAAAAAUCGGCUAAAAUGUGAGUGGUGGUGCCAAUUCUGAGAGACAGUUUUUUUACUACGUGCCCCUUUAGCAACACAGUACACAACGGUGCAAACUGCAUUUCACCAACAAAAACAUAAAAAAUAAUGUUUUUGUUGCGGUGCACUGCAUUGAUAAACUAUGCCUAAUUGAUCUUGGCCUUGUGUCAAGGAAAAACUUGCCUUCUGCUAGUUGGAGGUGUGCCUACCACUGGCCCAAAUAGUUAGGUGCAGUCCUAUCAUUGAUACUCAGCGAUCUCAUGACUAUGUUAUUUUGUCCCAAUUUUUCUAAUAACACUGACAAUUUUCUUAUUA